UGCCCUCAAGAAUCGUUGCUGUUCCGAAAAACAUGGUGGACACCAAAGGGGCAGACUACCGGCACCGUCUCCAGGAAUUAGAGGCAGAGGUGGAGCUGAGCAACGCUCGGAUACAAGAGCUUGAGUCUCAGCUCCGUGAAAAAGAGGAACUUCAGAAUGGCCUGGAGCGUCAUCUCAGGUUCCUUUCCGGCAUGUUGUGCUUGCUGCUCGUUGGGCUUUGUGAAGCCAGACAAGUCCUCAAAAGGUUGAAUGAUGCGGCUGUCAGAAUCUUGGAGUCGCAUACUGGUCCGGCUUCCAUAUCGGCUCAAGUGCAGCAGGACAAUCGGCUGGUCAGCGUGCUCGAGGAUGUCAGUCCGGAUUCGGUGUACUCGUUUCCCGAAGAUGUGGUUCGUGAGCAGAUUGAGCUGGAGCUGCAGGCGUUGCGGAGCCAGAUCACCAAGAGCCAGGCGGUGCUCACUUACCUUCACGCAAGAAGCUCCAGGCUUCCACUUCGGCCGGCGUUGUCGAGCUCGGCCGCGGACCGCAGGGCAGCGUUCUACCGGCGUGGAUUUUCUGAAGACGGGCCUCACCCAGACGACCAAGUGUACGACACUGUGGGCACCACCAAGCCAAGGUGCUCCACCGCACACCGUGGAAAUUUGUCCUCCGAGCACCGUCCUCCCUCCCACGACAACCGUCCUCGGUUGUCGAGCACAUUCUCCUGCCCGGUGUUGCCGGGGCGCGACGCCACCAUCGCGAGGGCCACGCAGACAGAGCAGACCCUUGUGCUUUCGCGCGAGUCGCAGACGGAUCGCUCCGAGCCUCAGUCCGGGCCUCGAUUCAAGCCUCGGUCCGUCCCUCCGCUCAUCCCCAACGGACCCGUCCCACUGGUCCAAUCAAAGACACCGGCGGCGGUUGCGUCGAGUGCCACGUCGCCCUUGCUGCGGCGCCGCACGCACAGCUUUGUCUGUGCGAUCCGAGAGGGGAACAGCCAGCUGGUGGAUGCGGCCACGGAAGACGAGGCGACGACGGACAGUACGCCUCAAGCUCCUCCGCAGUCCUCCGAGCCUGUGCGGAAGCGUGCCAAGCCUCAGGUGCCAAAACUGAUGUUCGAAGACGUCGAUGCUGCCAAGAGAGACCUGCAGUCUCGUAAGGCUGCGUUCCGCAAGAACCUCUUGGAGGUCGGACGGAGCGUUGCCAUGGACCUGGAUCCGCAAGAAGGGACCGGGACCCCGCGUCCGAAGGUUCCGCUGAAGAAGACGACGUUCAUGCUGGAGCGGCCGGAGACGGAGUCCGCGCAGGGCAGCCUGGAGGGUCAGGAGGCCUUCCCGUCCUUCUCCGACGUGGUGCUGGUGGCCCAGGGACUGUCCAAGGACUCCCCAGAGUGA